GGCUCGCCUGCAGACGUCAUCCUGAGUCGGCGGCUCCGCCCUUCUCAAGAUGGCGCUGUUCUCCGUGCGGAAGGCGCGUGAGUGCUGGCGCUUCAUCCGGGCACUUCAUAAAGGACCCACAGCUACUGCGGCUCCCCAGAAGGAGAGCGGGGAGCGAGUGUUCUCUGGCAUUCAGCCUACAGGAAUCCCCCACCUGGGAAAUUACCUUGGAGCCAUCGAGAGCUGGGUGAAGUUACAGGAGGAGUAUGACACGGUGAUAUACAGCAUUGUGGACCUCCACUCCAUCACUGUCCCCCAAGACCCCGGCAUCCUGCAGCAGAGCAUCCUGGACAUGACUGCCGUGCUCCUUGCCUGCGGCAUAGACCCAGAGAGAAGUAUCCUUUUCCAGCAGUCUCAGGCGAAGGCUGCGAGGCAGAAGCAUGAUGGGACAGUAGGCCUGCUCACAUACCCUGUACUCCAGGCGGCAGACAUUCUGUGCUACAAGUCCACACACGUUCCUGUCGGGGAAGAUCAAGUCCAGCACAUGGAACUAGUUCAGGAUCUAGCUCGGAGUUUCAACCAGAAGUAUGGCGAGCUCUUUCCACUGCCCAGGUCUAUUCUCACAUCCAUGAAGAAAGUGAAAUCUCUUCGUGACCCUUCUGCCAAGAUGUCAAAAUCGGACCCUGACAAACUGGCCACUGUCCAAAUAACAGACAGCCCAGAGGAGAUUGUACGGAAAUUCCGCAAGGCUGUGACGGACUUCACGUCAGAAGUCACCUACGAGCCGGACAGCAGACCUGGUGUCUCCAACAUGGUGGCGAUCCAUGCGGCCGUGUCAGGCCUCUCGGUGGAGGAGGUGGUGCGCAAUAGUGCAGGCGUGGACACUGCACGCUACAAGCUGCUAGUGGCCGACGCUGUGAUUGAGAAAUUUGCUCCAAUCAGAAGUGAAAUUGAAAAACUGAAAAUGGAUAAGGACCAUUUAAGAAAGGUUUUACUUGUGGGAUCUGCAAAAGCCAAAGAAUUAGCCUCUCCUGUGUUCGAGGAGGUGAAGAAGUUGGUGGGGAUUCUGUAGGAAGGUCAGCCAGUCACUGCACUCCAAUGAAGGCAGCUUUUCUCCCACAGAUUUUAGCCUGUCCAUAUUUAGUUCAGUUUGAUGAUCAGUUGCAUUUGAUGAAGCCAUCAACUGAGCAAUGUUCCAGUCCCAUCAGCAAAUGCUGUAAUUGAGAGCUGAGGCAGGCACAGCUCUUCAGCUCAAGUUAAACGAGGCCCAUUUUUUGGUCUGAAGUAUUCCCGCAAACUUGAACAGUGACUGAGCCAUGAAGUGUGCUUGCUGUGCAGUAUUCACUGUAUCAGGUGCACUUCAUCUGCGCUGUACAGGCCCAAGCUAUAAUCCGAGUCCAGUGCUAUUUGCAGCUCAUUAAGAGGUAGAUUUCACAGCUCACGUGUCACUGUGACGCUGUUUGUCCUGAUGUAUUUGAAUGACUUGUUUCCUGAGAAGCACACACUGACUUAUUUCAGCAAAUGACUGUUGUUCAGUGAUUCAGGAGGUGAUCAUGGAAGAACAUUGCUUCAGCUCCAGGGCCUGCAUUCCUGGUUGUAUUCCUAAUAAGCACUUCUAUUUUUACACGCAUCUCAGCUUAGUCUCACCAAGUGCUCCCUUUGUGGAAUACAUAGGAACCGAGGGGCAGGUCUGGCUUGCACACCAAGGCCUAAUAUCAAGAUUGAUUUUGCAGGGUCAGCAAGAUGGCUCAGCAGUAAAGAGCUCUUGCUGCCAACCAAACUUGACUAUGUGAGUUCAGUCCCUGAGAUCCACAUGAUUAAAGGAGAGAACCAACUCCUCAAAGUUGUACUGUAACUUACACACACACACACACACACACACACACACACACACACACACACCACAAUGAAAUGCACACACCUACCCACACACAGAAUAAAUAAAUGUUUACUUUUGGAUUUUAAGAUUGGUUUUACAAUACUUAGAUAACUGGAACUAGGAGGAACUAUAUCCCAGAGUCCAGAUUAAAACACUAACUUGCUUUAGGAAGAGGGUGCAUUUUACUUUGGGGAGGUUGCAUACUGUUUUCUUAAUUCAUUUAUUUAUUAGUGCGUGUGUUUGUGUGAGUAGGAUCAUGCCAAGGAGUGCCUGUCAAGGUCGGAGGAUGAUUAGUGGGAUCCAGUUCUUUCUUUCCACCACAUAGGUCCUGGGAAUCAAACUCAGGUCAUAAGGCUUGGCAUCAGCCGUACUUUCCCUUGAGCCAUUUCGCUGGCCCUUAAGUUUUAUCUUUUACAUCAUAGUGGGAGCUGUCUGUAGUCCGAGGGCAUCACUGGGGGUAUUUCUUAUAAAGAUCUUUUUACUUUCCUUAUAUUUUAUCUUUGUUUGCAUUUGCGUCUGUUCACUCAUGCAUGCCACAGAACAUGUGUGAUGUCAGAGGACAGUGCAGGAGCUGGCUUUCUUCCACCAUACGGGUUACAGGGUUCAAACUCAGGCUGUCAGGGUUAGCAGCAGGCACCCCUGCCUGCUGAGGCAACCCACCAGCACCUUCUCACUUUCCUUUUAAAGGAAACCUAUUAGGAAUAGUGAAAUUAUAUCUACCAGGCCAAUCGCCUGUUUAUCUCUGUGAUCUCUACCCCCUAGCAACACUUCUGUCUAGCAAGAACUAAAGGCAAUGGGAGAAGAUCUCCAAAAGACGAAAAGGAAAGAGAGAGAGAGAGAAAGCAUUAGAACAGGAUAACCUCUAAGGAGCACUCAGUACAUCCUGUUAUAUAAGACUCUUACUGCAUAAAACCUAAAUUUGCCAUAAUAAUUAAGAUUCUUGCUCAAUGUAUUAUAGUUUCCCAGGGAAACAAGCCCAAUAGGACACAUAGAAGCAGAAAAGAAGGGUCUGGAGAGAUGGCUCAGGGGUUAAGAGCACUGACUGCUCUUCCAGAGGUCCUGAGUUCAAUUCCCAGCAACCACAUGGUAGCUUACAACCACCUGUAAUGGGAUCCAAUGCCCUCUUCUGGUGUGUCUGAAGACAGUGACAGUGUACUCAAUCUACAUUAAAUAAAUAAACAAACAAAUCCUUAAAAAGAAAGAAAAGAAGGAAGGAACAAAAAGAAAGAGAAUCAGAAGAAAGUGUACCGGGAGCUGUAGAAUGGCUCAGUAGCCGAUGGCAUACACUUUCUUGCCAAUGACAUGGAGUUAGUUCCUAGCACCUAUGUUGGGCAACUCAUAACUACCUGUAAACUCCAGCUCUAAGGGGUCCGAUCACUGGCUUUAGCAUGUACCUGUACUCAUGCACAUGUGCACACAUACUUAAUAAAAAAAACUAAUAAUAAUUUGCCAUAUGGAUUGGGUCAUACUAUUACAAAGACUUGGAGAAACGUAGCAUGCUGUCUUCAGUCUAGAGACUCAGGAUAGCAGUGUAAUCCAGUCCUGAGUUAAAGGCUAAAUAGUCAAUGGUGCACAGUCAGUUCAAGGCAUUCAGAACACAGAGACUGCACAGGGACUCCUGUGAUAAGUCCCAGAGUCUAUGAUGUCCCAAGGUGGGUCAGCUCAAGGAAAGAACAAAUUGACCUUCCCCACAGUUUUUGAAGUACUCCCUCGAUCUACAGGUUAGUACCUGCCCAUAUUGACAAGGGUAAGUCUUCAUUUACUGACUCAGUUUCCAAUCUUUUCUAGAAAUACCCUCAGACAUCCCCCCCCCCAAAAAAAGUAAAA